CAUGUCCGUUUACUGAAUACACAAUUAAUCCAUAUAUGUACACUCUUAAGGUAUGAAGACCUGCCUUAAUUAUUUGUGUGUGUGUGUCUGCGUACGCCCAUGUAUGCAUAUGUAUGUGUGUUAACCCCACCUCAGUCAGGUUCAGGCUCAGUAACAAUGGAUCCCAAAGCAAAGUGCUGACACUGAAUCGGGUGUGGCCGACCCCCUAGCCCCAGGCCCCGGGAUGUAUAUAUACCCACACACACACCUCUCUGGCAGACCGCUCAGUGGAACCCUGUGACACACAGCUUACGUUUUAGGUCAAGCACUGAGACAGAAGGACAUAAUGGCUCUGACCAAACCUGUGAACCUCAUGCCCAUGGGCCCAUGGAAGAUCACUGUGUACGACCAGGAGUACUUCCAGGGGAAGCGUGUGGAGUUCACCGCCUGCUGCCAGAACAUCAUGGAGUGUGGCAUGGAGAACAUCCGAUCCCUGAAGGUUGAGUGUGGAGCUUGGGUGGGUUAUGAGCACUCCAGUUUCAGUGGCCAGCAGUUUGUCCUGGAGAAGGGAGACUACCCCCGUUUCGAGGCCUACAGCGGCAGCAACUCCUACCGCAUCGAGAGGAUGAUCUCCUUCAGACCCAUCUGCUCCGCUAGCCACAAGGAGUCCCGCAUAACCAUCUAUGAGAAGGAGAACAUGAUUGGUCGCCAGUUUGAGAUGUGUGAUGACUACCCCUCCCUGCAGGCCAUGGGCUGGUUCAACAACGAGGUUGGAUCCAUGCACAUCCAGAGCGGAGCCUUCGUGUGCUACCAGUUCCCCGGCUACCGUGGCCACCAGUACAUCAUGGAGUGUGACUGCCACGGAGGAGAGUACAAGUGUUACCGUGAGUUUGGCUCCCACGCCCAGACCCCUCAGAUCCAGUCCAUCAGGAGGAUUCAGCACUGAGCAGGAACCACUUUCAUCCCUCCUCCUCCACUCCUCCUCUCCUUCUUCUUCCUCUUGUUCUACUUCCUACUCCUCUUCCCACUCUUCUCUCCCCUCUCCUACACCUCCUCUCUCUUGCCCCUCCCAGUUCCACUAAUCAGGCUAGUCCUGGCAGGAUUGUGGGCCGGGCCUCAGGUGCUUACUGGCGACGUUACAUGUUCAUGGCACAAAAAAAAAAAAACAGACAAAAAACAAAGACCAAAUUGAAAGAAAGAAAGACAGAUAGAGGGAAUAACAGAACUGAGAGAAACGGUAACAUGGAAGAAUACAAUCCGUGACUCCUCCCAGAGGCUGGUCGCAGAACCACGAAGACACCUCAGGACCUUUUGCUCUUCUUCAUCCACAUCAUCAUCAGCUUCUUUUUCUUCACCUUCAUCUCUACUGCCUGUCACUGUGGUUGUCAUGGUAAACAUUGUAUGAGAUUGAUGAAUAAAGAGAUGGAGCAAAAGAAAGCGAGAAACAAGACAAUGACUGGCAUG